UUUGUUAUCACUUUAAUAUUGUUGUUUCCUUUGAUUCUGCAGGAAUAACCUGAUCCGGAUGGUGUCAUCUUUCGGAUUUUUGACAGGCUCGUGCUCGUUUGGAUGGAGAACCUGACAUUCACUCCUCUCACUCAGCCGAUUGUGUUUGAACUGGAGGGCUUCGACGUUCCACCAGGACAUGGUCCGCUCUUCUUCUUCUUGGCCCUGUUUGCCUACAUGGUGGUGCUGCUGGGGAACGGUGUGGUGAUCUGUGUCAUCAUGACGGACCGGAGCCUGCACAGACCCAUGUUUGUGAUGAUCUGCCACCUGGUGGUCUGUGACCUGCUGGGCGCCACGGCGGUGCUUCCUCGCCUCAUGAUGCACUUCCUGAUGGGGCAGAAGAAGAUCAGCUACCUCCCAGCUAUUGCUCAGGGUUUCUGUGUUCACACGUACGGCGUUGCAAUGCAGACCAUUCUGGGAGUGAUGGCUAUUGACAGGUAUGUGGCAGUGUGUGAGCCUCUCAGGUAUCUCUCCAUCAUGACUUCGGCUCGGCUGCACAGCUGCUGCGCUGUGGCCUGGAUCGUUGCUCUGCUGCUCAUCGCUGUGCUCUUCUCCUUCCACAUGAACGUCCCGCUGUGCGGAAAUCUAGUCCAACAUGUCUACUGCAGCAACCGGGGCAUCCUGAACCUGGCCUGCAUUCCCACGCCUGCCAACAACAUCUACGGUCUGGCCAUGACCUGGUCUGUGAGCACCGGGGUGUUUGUCAUCAUUGCUUUUUCCUACAUCAGAAUCCUGAGUGCCUCCUUUAAACGGCAGAGGAGCAACAGCAGCGUUCACAGGAAGGCCUUGCAGACCUGUGUGCCUCAUCUCGUUGUGUAUGUGCUCUAUCAGAUAGCCUCAGUUAUCAUCAUUGUCAGUCUCAGGUUCCCCUCUGUCUCCCAGAACAUCAGGAAGUUCUUUAGCAUCCUCUUCAUCAUAGUUCCACCAGCUCUCAACCCCAUCAUCUACGGUCUGGUCAGCAAAGACUUACGAUCCGGCGUUACGAAGCUUUUCUCCUUGCAAGUCAUGAGAGUGUGUCACAAGGAGUGA